AUGGGAGGGGGUUAAAUUGGAAUGGAGGAAAAAAGAGAUAGAAAGAGAAAAAGGAGGAGUCUGAGGAAAGCUGGAACUGUUACAGCUCUUCUUGCUCCACUGGUUUCAUGUAAACUCGAUUUUGUUUAAAAUUAUUUGUUUUUGUGCGUGAAGGACCUAAAGGAAGGGCAGAAAGACUCUGAGUGGAGUUGCUGACAGACGCUUUGCUGAACCUCAUUUUCUCCAUUGCUUCUGGAGCAACAAGCCUCGACCCAGGGGAGGGUUGGAUAGAUUUUUGCUAGUAAAGAAGACAACGAGCACUUCCAAUUGUUAGAGAGUGGGGAAAAAAACCUGUAUGUUGUAGGCAACACGGAUGAUGUAAUGUGACUGAGGCAGAUGUAAUGUGACUGAGGCGGUUACUGCUGAUGGUUUUCUGCCUGUUUGCGUUGCAGUUCAAGCAUCACAUAAUCUUGAUUUUGUAAAUGACUUUCCUGAAUUAAUCCUUAUAUUACACCUCCAGCCCCACCGGACACCCACUCCCAUGCUGUUUGUGUGCAGCUCCCUGGUGAUGUGGCCAUGACUUUGGGUUAUUGACAUAAGCUUUAAUUUUGCAUUUUUUUUAUUUUUUUUUAUGAUUCUCUAAUCUGCUAAAUAUGUCAGGCUCAAGUACACCUAAAUCUUUGACCUCUUCUGGGCAGAAGUCCCUGCACGACAUAAAACACCCUCUCAGCUGCUCCCCCGGGGCUGAAGAUGAGGCAGAAUGUGGUGAAGGGGCAAUUAUUAGUGGUACGCCAAGCCCGGACCUACCCCACACCGAACCCAGCAGUAUAGCAGACAAGGACUUGAGCUUGCCAAAUGGUACUCCUGUUGAUACCUCCAGCCCUGCUUCAUCGUCGUCCCUUCUUAAUAGACUACAACUGGAUGAUGACCUUGAUGGUGAAACAAGGGACCUUUUUGUUACUGUUGAUGACCCAAAGAAACACGUGUGCACUAUGGAGACCUAUAUUACCUAUCGGGUGACGACCAAGACGAGUAGAACUGAAUUUGAUUUGCCUGAAUACUCUGUACGCCGAAGGUAUCAGGAUUUUGAUUGGCUGAGGAACAAACUUGAAGAAACACAAUACACCCACUUCAUUCCCCCUCUCCCAGAGAAAUUUGUGGUUAAGGGAGUAGUUGACCGUUUUUCUGAAGAGUUUGUUGAAACCAGAAGAAGGGCCUUAGACAAGUUUCUGAAGAGAAUUGCUGACCACCCAGUCCUGUCUUUCAACGAACAUUUCAAUGUUUUUCUCACGUCUAAGGAUUUAAAUAGUCACAAAAAGCAGGGAAUUACUCUUCUUUCCAAAAUGGGGGAGUCUGUGAGAUAUGUUACAAGUGGUUACAAGCUAAGGAAUCGUCCUGGUGAAUUUUCAGGGAUUGCAGAUUAUUUGGACACAUUUUCCCUAAAACUUGGAACUAUUGACAGAAUAGCACAACGCAUUAUCAAAGAGCAAGUUGAAUACCUAGUCGAACUUCGUGAAUAUGGUCCUGUCUACUCCACUUGGAGCGGAUUGGAAGGGGAGUUAAGAGAACCCCUAGAGGGAGUGUCAGCCUGCAUUGGGAAUUGCAGCACUGCAUUGGAAGAGCAAACAGAAGAUAUGACAGAGGACUUUCUGCCGGUGCUUAGAGAGUACAUCCUCUACUCUGAAUCCAUGAAGAAUGUCAUAGAACAAAAUCAGUAUAGGAAUUCUAAUGAGAUUUGCGUAUCACAGGGUGUGCUGAAGAGGAGAGACCAGGUGCAAGCAGACUAUGAAGCUAAACUAGAUGCUGCAGCUUUGAAAAGAGAAGAGCGAACUGGGACUCAGGUACCAACAGAUGCGGAGAAGUACCAGGAUAAGGUGGAGUGCUUCAAUGCGGAUCUGAAAGCAGACAUGGAGAGGUGGCAGAAUAACAAGAGACAAGAUUUCCGCCAGCUGCUUAUGGGAAUGGCAGACAAAAACAUUCAGUACUAUGAGAAGUGCCUUACAGCGUGGGAGUCAAUUAUACCAUUACUGCAAGACAAACAAGAGCCUAAGUGAACUGUCCUGUUUGCGUCAUCGAUUGAGUCCUCAAUUCACCAUGCUGUGUGAUUUAAAAUAUUGAAGAAUGUUCCCAGCAUAAAUGUUGUAAUGCAAUGCAUUAAACUAUACCAAAAGCAUCCAGUUCAAUCUCCACAUCAUUUUUUCUACUAUUUUUUUUUUUUAAUUCAUUACUCUACUUCAAAAUUCCACCAAGAACAGAAAAGUGCACACUACCGGAUAGACAACACGCAAUUUAUGUAACUGAAGGAGUUCUACCUUGGCUUUUAAAAUGCUAAACGGAAAAGACAAAGAAGACCUGUUGACUGCAGUCUCACGGCGCAGCUUUCCACAGGAAGCAUUUUCAAGAGUUUCUAUACAGUUUACCUCCCCUUUUUUUCUUAGUAAAUUACAGGCGUUCAAAGUUUGACGCACUGAGUAUAUAUUACAAGGGGCUAUUUCUAAAGAUUUUGUGUGCAGUCAAUGUUUUCCUCAUUUUUAUAGAGGAUUAUGAUGUUCGCAUGAACUGUAUUGGUAAAUGUGGCAUGAAGUAAUCUUUCCCAAAUGUUUUUUUCUCCCCUCCCUGAGAGUUUAGAGUUGCUAAAAUACAGUGUAUUGUAUCUCUGCACAUGGAGCCAGGUUUGAGAGCAUAACUUAAGUUUACACUGGGGCCUUAUAUGAAGCGCAUCAAAGGGAACAUUUGAGAACCAUUUGUUAUUGUUUUUGAAAAUCAGUGCAAAAAAUGUUUAAUUUUUUUUUAUUAAACAUAUCUAAAGCUUUAAAA